AACUGGGUCUAUCUUCCUCUGAUUUCUGUUGCCCCAUCAGCUUUGCAGAGUGGACCCUUCUCGUGGACCAUUUUCUUCAACUUCCACCAUAGAUUUUCAAUUGGAUUGACAUCCAGACUAUUUGCAGGCCAUAACCAUCUUGGAAAAAAAGAUGAUCAUCCACCAUUGUUUCAUUGAUGGGAUAUGAAGUGUCCAAAAUGUCAACGUAACUUGUGCAUUUAUUGACCAUGAAAUGAGUGACUACCUGACACACAGCCCCAUAUCAUCCAUGACUGUGGAAAUGUGCAUGUUUUCUUCAGGCAGUCGUCUUCAUAAAUCUCACUGGAACGGCACCAAACACGUUCCAGCAUCAUCACCUUGCCCACUGCAGAUUCGCGAUUCAUCACUGAAUGUGACUUUCAUCCAGUCAUCCACAAUCCACCACUGCAUUUACUUAGCACAUUCUAACCUUUGUUUUUUCUGUUUAGGUGUUAAUGAUGGCUUUGGUUUAGCUUUUCUGUAUUGAAAUCGGAUUUCCUUUAGGCACUUUUCCUACAGUUCGGUCACAGAUGUUGACUCCAGUUUCCUCCAAUUUCUUCAUUUCUUUUGCUGUGCAUUUUUCUGUUUUUAAGACAUACUGCUUGAAGUUUUCUGUCUUGACCUUUUUAAAGUCCUCCUUGGUCUACCAGUGUGCUUGUCUUAAUAACAACCUUCCCAUGUUUGUGCUUAGUCCAGAUUUGAGACACACCUGACUGUAAAUAAUCAACACCUUUUGCAACAUUGCAUGAUGAUUUACCUUCUUUGACAAGUUUGUUCAUCCUCUCCUUUGUUUCAAGUGACAUCUUUGGUUUUGGAGCGAUGAUUCAUGUCAGUCCACUAGGUGCAACAGCUCUGCAAGGCGUGAUCACUCCUUUUUAACUGCAGACUAACCAGUCGAUCUUAUCUGCUGUGGGUGUUAGUUCUGGAAAAUUACAGGCUUUUUUCUACAAAAUUAAACAACUGAAUGAAUAUCCAUCAAUUUUGCCAGGGGUUGUAAAUACACUGACCUUACCUUCAGGAGUGCUGAUAAUCACUGUCAAUUGACAGUGGUCCGACAUGUAUACAAGUUUGUAAGACACACAUGGACAACAUAAUUGGACGAAUAUUGAGGGUUGGUUUGCCUGAAAUACCUAAUUAGUUUAGAUCAGUGCAACUGUGACCUUUCAAAGAUAAUGGACACAAUUUCGGCUGUAAAUGCGAAUGUGAAAUUGAUUACACGAGGCGAAACUUUUAAUUUGGGGCAAACGGAAGCAGGAAGUGGCGUCAUUUGUUGCCGUAAUUGCGCAGUUCAGAUGCGCAGCAACAGAGUGGGAAACAUCUACCAUGGCUGAGAUUCACAGCUUACAUGAGCUCCAGAAACCUGUUGUCGCCUCCAAGGUGUUUAUCCAGAGAGACUACAGCUCGGGAACUAUUUGCAGAUUCCAGAGCAAGUUUCCUUCAGAACUCGAAUCAAGGUUGGACAAGCAACACUUUGAGGAGACCAUCCAAACCUUAAACAUCCUGUAUUCUGAAGCAGAGAAGAUUGGGGGGAAGUCUUACAUGGAGGGCAUCCUGGCCUGCCUCACUGCCUACACUUUAUUCCUCUGUGUGGAGACCCACUAUGAAAAGGUGUUAAGGAAGGUGUCCAGAUAUAUUAAGGACCAAAAUGAGCAGAUCUACGCUCCCAGAGGACUGUUGCUGAUUGACCCCAUAGAGCGAGGCCUCAGAGUUGUGGAAAUUACCAUCUUUGAAGACAGUAUUAACUCUGCAAGAUAAGGGAAACUGGGGUAUGUUUUAUAUGAUGUCAAAUCAAUUUCCAUGUGAUAUACCUUGUAAUAAUUUAUGUGCUUAUCCAUAAUUUCUUCUGUGCAGGAUGAGUCGUGCACAAACACACCGUCAAGAUGUCUGCCUCUCCUGAAUGGAUGUAUAUAAUGAUGAUCUUUUUUUUUUGUAUUUAUAUAUUUUAUACCCCACUGAUGGCCUGUCCAUUUCUUCGUACAUGUGGUGACUGUCUUUUUAAACACAAGCUGAUCCAAACUAGGCUUUUCACAUAGUGCCAUUGGGUAAAAUGUAACUUCUUAACGGUUAGGUGUAGUUUUGCUAAUAGCUAGUUAUUAGUGGGGUUUGCUAUAGACUCAAGUGGUCUGUGUAUCACGAAGGUGGUACUUUGCAGUAUUAACUUGUUGGCUGAGGCAAAUCUGUGCAAGAAUGUAAUUUGUAGCGGAUCGAGAUAAGGGGCUAAAUCCAUUUUAUUUAAUUUUUUAAAGUGGAGAUGUUUUGGGACUCCUAAAUUGAUGUUUACUUGCUAAUAUGUUCUUUGUACAGAAAUGCAUCCUUUCAGCCUUGAAAAUACAACCAAUCAGCUCUCUUCUACAUGUUGUUAUAUUGAAUGUGUUUUGUAUGAUCGUCUCACCACAGAAAGCACUCCACAUUCCACUCAUGCUUGCUAUUGUGGGUGUACUUUCCUUAAAACGUGGUGGUCUUUUUCCUUGUGGCCCUUAUGUAUCACUUCAUUUGCUCGUAUAUCCUGACAGCAGUUAACAUUGAUUGCAAUCAUUGAAUGUUAAUAAAUAUACAGUACAUGUACAUGUUAUAAAAAA